AUGUUGCUGGAAGGCACGUCCCCAGACAUGAUGUCGGCUCAGUCCAAGCUGCUGUUCCAGAUCAACAAGUACUACAACGAGCGGGUGCACGCGCGCAAGGCCAACAUCAACAAGACCAUCAGGGAGGUCUGCAAGGUGGUUCAGGAUGUCCUCAAAGAGGUAGAGGUUCAGGAGCCAAGGUUCAUCAGCUCGCUGACUGAAGUCAACAUGCGAUACGAAGGUGUGGAAGUCAUCUCCGCCACAGAGUUUGAGGUGGUGCUCUACCUCAACCAGAUGGGCGUCUUUAACUUCGUGGACGACGGGACUAUACCAGGCUGUGCCGUGCUCAAGUUGUCUGACGGUCGCAAACGAUCCAUGUCCCUGUGGGUUGAGUUCAUCACGGCUUCCGGUUACUUGAGUGCUCGUAAAAUCAGAUCCCGCUUUCAGACGUUGGUGGCUCAAGCCGUGGACAAGUGCAGCUACCGCGACGUGGUCAAGAUGAUCCCGGACACUACGGAGGUCAAGCUGAGGAUCAAGGAGCGCUACGUGGUGCAGAUCACGCCAGCCUUCAGAUGUGGCGGUAUCUGGUGCCGGUCGGCGGCUCACUGGCCCAUGCCACACGUCUCUUGGCCCAAUCCCAACUUGGUGGCCGAGGUAAAGACCGACGGGUUCGACCUCCUGUCCAAGGAGAGCAUAUACAUGAAGGACAAGCAGUCGGCGGCGGAAGGUGAUGCUUGGGUCAUGUCGUUCCGCUACGCCGAGGAUCGUCUGCUGUACGGGGGAUGUCGCAGACGUUGCCUCAGCAUCCUCAAGACGCUCCGUGACCGGCACCUGGACAUCCCCGGCCAGCCAAUCCUCAACUACCACAUGAAGACCCUGCUGCUGUACGAAUGUGAGAAGCAUCCCCGGGAGAUAGAGUGGGACGACACCUAUAUCGGCGACCGCAUCAAUGGCAUCCUCCUGCAGCUGAUCUCCUGCCUGCAGAACCGCCGCUGCCCGCAGUACUUCCUGCCCACCGUGGAUCUGUUCAAGGGAAAGUCGGCCGCCGCCAUGGACAACGUGGCCAAACAAGUAUGGCGACUAGUCAGGGAACUGCUGACCAAUCCUCGAAGCCUGGAAGCCCUCUAG